GUGACACUGAUGUUGGGGCUUAGCACGCUGCACGUUUGUUUUUAUUUUGAUUUUGUUGGGCCAGAAAUCGCAGUAGAAUGGCAAAGACGAAGAAAAAUGUGAGGGCCAAGGCGAAAAGCGUGGUGGGGGCGGCCAAGCAGAAGGCGCAGGACAUGAAGGCCAAGCAGCGCGAGGAUCGGCUGCUUCACAAGACCCUUACGCCCAAGAAGACGACCACCAAGAAGGAGAAAUCCGAGGCGAAACACAAGAAGCUGCUCAAGCGAUUCGCCGAAACGCGUAAGGAACGCAAGGAGGAGCGCAAGAAUAACGAGAAGACCAAGGUCUUCGGAGAUCUAAAAUCACUGCGGGAUGCCCUACCCUCGCUGCAGGACAUCUACAAGCUGGUUAAGACCAAGCAAAAGGAUGUCUCGGAGCAGGCAGCCCUCGCAGAACCAGAGGUCCGGCUGAGUGCCAACGAGAAGAUUCGGAAGAAACGCACUGAAAUGGUCAACACCGUCAAGUCCUUCGAGAAGCUCAUCAAGGACAAGAACUUCAAGAAGAAUCCCCGCGAAUUCAUUGCCGCCCUUGUGCGCAACAAGUAUCAGGGGAUGGAAGAGGACGACCACGAAUAGAAGCCACAAAUUACCAUAUUUCAAAUCAUUAUUUUUAGGUAUAAACAUAAAUUUUACAAGGAUUGUAAAGAACUAUAUGACGCAAGUAUGUUAGUCAAAAACACUAUGAAAAACGUUACUAAUUGAGCACUGUUAAAUAAACUGUGUGUAUUUCUACAACAAUUUAUGAUCAAUGCUUCCAGCUAAAAUACGCUGUUGCCCCCAAGUAAAAAAAGUUUGAUUUUGUUUAUUAAGAAGUAUCUUUAUUAUAUAUGCAUUAGGUAUAGUUAUCAUUUAACGAUGCAUAUAAAUAUUACACGUACGAAUGUAAGUUGUAAGCAUUAAAUCGUAAGAGGGUCAACAGAACGAGGAUUAGA